AUGACAACCGAAACAGCUAAAACUGGUCCAGUAUGGAUGCGGAAUGAAAAGAUUUCACAAGUGAGAACGCACAAUAUUUUGGCAGCCAAGGCGGUCGCUGACAUAAUCAGAACUUCUCUUGGGCCAAAAGGCAUGGAUAAAAUGAUUCAAGAUGGAAAAGGUGGAGUUAUCAUUACAAAUGAUGGCGCGACGAUUCUGGGUGAAUUGUCGCUGGCACAUCCUACAGCUAAGAUGAUGGCCGAUUUAUCCCAUGCCCAAGACAUAGAAGUGGGUGAUGGUACUACUUCAGUAGUUGUCCUGUGUGGUUCAUUGCUUGAAAGGGCGGAAACGCUUUUGCAACAGGGAAUCCAUCCACAAGUGAUCUCAACCAGUCUAAAAUUGGCCUCCAUCAAAAGCGAGGAAAUUCUAGAGGAGAUGUCGUCUCCCAUCAAGAUAGAUGAUUUUGAGGGUAUGGUCAAGGCAGCAACAAUUUCACUUCACUCAAAGGCGGUGGCCCAAAAUGCAUCACUUCUAGCACCUAUUGCAGUCAAAGCGGUGAUGCGAAUACUAGAAUCCCCUACAUCUAAUACCGUAGACUUGAAAAAUAUACAAAUAGUUAAAAAGUUAGGUGGAACGGUUGAGGAUUCUGAGCUUGUUGAAGGAAUGGUAUUCCCUCAACCUACAGCACAAAGAGCAAAUGGACCAAAAAAAAUACAGAAUGCAAAAAUUGGGUUGAUUCAAUUUUGUUUAUCCCCUCCAAAAACGGAUAUGGAGAAUAACAUUGUAAUCAAGGAUUACAAUGCAAUGGAUCGAUUGUUGAAGGAGGAGAGAAUUAUAAUAGCUAAGAUGGUUAAGCACAUCGCAGCUACAGGGUGUAACGUCUUGUUGAUUCAAAAAUCCAUACUUCGCGACGCAGUUACGGACUUAUCGUUGGACUACUUGGCUAAACACAAAAUACUUGUUAUACGUGAUAUAGAAAGGACUGAUGUAGAACAUAUUGCAAAAACAUUGGGAUGUAAGCCAGUUGCGUCAUUGGAACAAUUUACUGCAGAUAAGCUGGGCAAGGCAGAUUUGGUAGAGUCAAUAACAGAUUCACAAACGACGACUGUUAAAGUCACUGGAAUUGAAGCUAGAAACACUGCAACUAUCGUCCUUAGAGCAUCAAAUUUACUAAUGCUCGAUGAAACAGAGCGUUCACUUCAUGAUGCCCUUUGCGUUGUGAGAAGUUUGGUCAAAAGGAGGGCAAUUAUUCCAGGAGGCGGAGCCCCUGAAAUGCAGUUAUCAUAUAAACUGAAUGUUUGGUCUAGAAGUUUGGAGGGAGUGGCUCAGCUUUGUGUUAAAGCGUUCGCAGAUGCUUUGCAAGUUAUUCCAUACAUUCUCGCCUCAAAUGCUGGGUUGUAUCCCUUAAAAAUUGUAUCAGAAUUGCUUUCGCGGCAUUCGAAUGGCGAAAUUCAUGCGGGGAUUAACAUUAGAAAGGGUUCUAUUGGCAACAUGAUCGAAGAAAAUGUUGUUCAACCACUACUCGUAUCCACUAGUGCCAUUAAAUUGGCCACCGAAACCGUACUUAUGAUACUGAAGAUUGAUGACAUUUUGGUAUCAAGGGGGUGA